UUGCAGACAAGGCAAGUAGGAAAAGGUCGGAGGGGGAUUCUGCCACUCAGCCACGCAAUGGUUAAUGAACUGGGGCAUUGCAAUGGCCUCAGAGGAAAGAGCUUUUGUGCUGUCUUUUCAGGAUCUGGUGAACUUUGAGGAGGUGGCUGUGUAUUUCACCUACAGGGAGUGGGUUCUCCUGGAUCCAGGCCAAAGAGCUCUGUACGAGGAGGUCAUGUUGGAAAAUUUCCAGAAUUUGGCUUUUCUAGAAAUGCCCAAACCUGACCUCAUCUCCCGGCUGGAAGAUGGAGAAGAUCCAUUUGUCCGUGGUUCUGAGGAAGAGGAGACAUCAACAGCAGGUGCUGUGCAAGACAAUGAGAAUUAUGGGAAGCCACCUGAGAUAUCAUUGCAAGCAAGCACACACAAACGGCAAAAAGGGAGGCGUGGAAGUCGAAAGGGACCCCGAGGGGGCAUGAGAAGUAAGUCAAAGAAGAGGAACAGGAGAGCCUCCUCUUCUCAUGGUGCUGAUGACCACCAUCUCCUGAUCCCAUAUGAAGGCUUCAAAGGAAAGGAAAAGGAAGAGUGUCCAGACUGUGGGAAAAUGUUAAGUAAAUCAGCCUUAAAGAGACACAGUAGGAUCCACACAGGGGAGAAACCGUACGAAUGCCUGGUGUGUGGAAAAGCCUUCAGCCGAAUACAUCACCUUGCACGACAUCAAAGUAGCCACGCAGAGAAUAAACCGUAUAAAUGCACACAGUGUGGGAACAGCUUCAGUGAUCAGGGGAUCCUUAACAUACAUCAAAGAACUCACUCGGGGGAGAAACCGUAUAAAUGCAUAGAGUGCGGAAAGAGUUUCUGUAAUAGUAGUAACCUUAAUGCCCAUCAAAGAAUUCACACAAAAGAAAGACCUUAUAAAUGUUUUGAGUGUGGAAAAAGCUUCAAGGACAAAGGAACGCUUUUUGCACAUAAAAGAAUCCACACAGGAGAGAAGCCAUAUAAAUGUAUGGAAUGUGGGGAAAGCUUCGGCCGUAGUGGGACCUUGAAUAGACAUCAAAGAACCCAUACAGGGGAGAGACCAUACAAAUGUGUGGAGUGUGGGAAAAGCUUCGGUCGUAUGUUCACCCUUACUUUACAUCAAAGAAUUCACAGAGGUGAAAAACCAUUUCUGUGUACCGAGUGUGGAAAAAGCUUCCCUCACAAGUCUAACAUUUCUCAACAUAAAUGUAUUCACAGAAGGGAGACACCACAGAAAUGAUUUUUUUUAAAAUGUUUUUAUUGUUUUGCAAACAUACAUGACAUAAAAGCAUUACAUAAAGACAUUACAUCCAAAGAUGAAGAAAAGGAAAAAGAAAAAUAAUAUACACACACAAAGGUUAAGGUGUAUUUUCAGCUCUCUACAUAUCCCAAAUGUGAGUUAUGUUCUCUCCUUGUUUGAUACAUUCAACGCAAUAAUGAAAUUCUUUUCUUUCUUCUAAGUUAACUAUAUCUCAUACACUGAAUCCACAGACAAAUACAUCAUUUUUCUCUGUUUCUUCCAAAAAUUCUAUCAGAGGUUUCCAUUCAGAUAUGAAUGUGGCUGUUGAUUUAUCUCUCCUUAUCGCUGUAGGUUUUGAUAUCUCUGCCAGCUCCAAUAUCUUCAAUAGGCAUUCCUCCAUUGUUGGCAUUGCUUCAUUUUUCCACUUCUGUGCAUAUAAUAGUCUCGCUGCCAUUUUUGUUGGAGAAGUGCCAAGCUCUGAACGGAAAAGUCUAGGAAUAAUACUUGCUAUUUUCUGCUUUUGUAUCUGCGCUUCUUGCUGUUUGCAAUGCAUUCCUUCCUUGAUCACCUUGCUAAAUAGGCAAAGAUAUGGAAUUUAAAGUGAAGAAAGCCUUUUCUUUUUUUAUAUUGUGUGGGGAAUGUUGGGAAAGUGCCCAGCUCCGACCCAGAGUUGCUACGGUAGUUGCUAAUGAAAUGUUGCAAAAUGUCUAAGAGAAGCCGUUCUUCAGAUAAGCAAAAUCAAGUGAAUGUUCUCUUAAAGAACAGUGAGUACCUAGAUCUUUUAGUAGAUGCUUGCUCAAAGAACAGGCCAUGUAUUCUCUUUUCAGCUAGAAAUUUCCUGUUAGAUGGUGCCAACGUAUGUGACACCAGAGAAGAUAGUGUAUGAAACCUAGCUACCUCCCUUGCGAGGUAGGCACAUGUUUUGGGAGCAAUUAGCUUUUGUGUCUCUUUAUUCUGCAGAAUAAAUGUUGUUUGUCCCAUA